CCCUGUCUCACUCCACGCUGAAGUCGUAUUGCUUUCGAGUUUUGAUCCUGGAGCCGAACUGUCAUGGUGGCGUUUUCAUACAGUGACUGCAGCACUUGGAUGUAUCUUCUUCUAUAAAUAUUAAUUUAUAAAUGUCUAGAGAAAUUCAGAGCUAUUUUUCUCAGACAUAAAAUCAUUACAGUAAGAUUAUUAAUCACAACACAAAUUCCAAUAGAUCUUCGUGUACAGAGCAGUAAUCUAGUUAGUAGCCAAUCAUUUAUUUUCAAGCUUAAUACCCUGAGGAUAAAAUGCAAUUUAACUCCGUAUAUAAAAGGGGAUGUAAGCAUGUUUAUGGCAUCAGUCCUACAACAGCUUUUGAAGCUUCAUUCGGUCAAUAAAAAAGGUACUUUUGACAAGAUCAACAUGCGUGCUAUAUUCGCCCUUUUCCUAAUCGCUAUGGUCUUAUAUCUUAUUCAUUCAACUGAAGCCAACUACAGGAAGCCACCAUUUAACGGCUCUAUUUUCGGAAAAAGGGGAACUGUCGGUAAGGAAAUAAAUAAACCAAAAUAUAAUAAAUUUAAUUUCUACUGUUGUAGAAUUAUUAUUCUACAAUUGUGAUGUGAAACUCCUGGUAUUAUUCUUUUUAAGUAUAUCAUAAAAUAAUGUCUAUUUAGGUACAGACCACAGCACGUCAGGUUAUACAAAUCUUUUAAAUUUCUUUAAUCAAUUUUAAACCUAAACACGUUGACGGUAGAUUUGAAAGUCAAUUGCGAUAAUUUGAUAUAUUGUGAUAACCUGUUGUACUUACUGGU